AAUAAUAUAUUAUUAUUGUGUUAUGCAGCCGGACAAAGAAGACAAGCUGUUCGUUAUAAAACCGAUCCCGACGGUGAACGUCAAGCCUGUGAUAAUAUUUAUAAACCCAAAGUCUGGCGGCAACCAGGGUGUUAAGCUGCUGCAGAAAUUCCAGUGGCACCUGAAUCCCAGGCAAGUGUUCGACCUCAGCCGGGGCGGUCCCAGGAUGGGCCUGGAACUGUACAAGAAGGUGCCGAACCUCCGGGUGUUGGCGUGCGGUGGCGACGGCACCGUCGGGUGGGUGCUGUCUAUCUUGGACCAAAUAGCCAACGCCGUAUCGUUUCCGGUGGGUGUGCUACCGUUGGGCACGGGAAAUGACCUGGCCAGAGCUCUCGGUUGGGGCGGCGGUUAUAUGGACGAGCCGGUGUCGAAAAUACUGACCAACUUGGAAGAAAGCGAAACGAUCCGGUUGGACCGCUGGAACUUGGAUGUGGUGCCCAAUGAACAGGUUAAAGGGACGGACCACGCUGGGAAAGACAAUUUACCAUUGAACGUGAUGAAUAAUUACUUCUCGUUGGGCGUAGAUGCUCAGAUUGCACUCGAAUUCCAUGAAGCCAGAGAGGCCAAUCCAGAGAAGUUCAGCUCGCGGAUGUACAAUAAACUGUUUUACGGCGUCCGGGGUGGUAUCGAGCUGCUGGACCGGAAGUGGAAAGGUUUAUCGGAUCACAUGACGCUGGAGUGCGACGGCAAAGACCUGACGCAGCGCAUCAAAGACUUGAAAGUGCACGCCAUAUUGUUUUUAAACAUACCCAGCUACGGGGGUGGCACGCGACCGUGGAACAAGUCAGCUGGCAACAACUCUACCGACGACGGACUCAUCGAAGUCAUCGGCUUAACGAUCAUGCAAAUAACGAGAUUGCAAACUGGAGGGACUGGGACACCGUUGUGCCAAUGUAAAACGGCUCGCAUAACCACCAGUAUACCUGUGCCCAUGCAAGUGGACGGCGAAGCUUGCCGUUUAAAACCGUCGGUGAUCACGUUGGGAUUCUUCAACCAGGCAACGAUGAUGGCAAAACGUCGGAAAGGCAGACAGACGCCUACCCGCGAGACCACGAUAGACAAACACAGAGUGUCGGUCCAAAGACUGAAGCUUCAAGAUUACGAGCAACACCACUGUGACAAAGAGUUGCUCAUCCAGUCGUCUAUUAAUAUGGGCGAGAUCGAAGUGGAACCGGUCGCGGAUUUAGAAACCGUGCGUAAUUUAGUGGACAAGUUGGAGUUGAACAACAGUCCGUCAAAAGACCACGUGGGCAACGUUAUGCCGAAACUAUCGCCCGACUGGUGUUUUGUCGAUUGUUGCACUGCCGAACGGUUCUUUAGGAUCGACCGGGCUCAGGAGAGCCUUCACUACCUUAUAGACAUCACACACGACCAACUGUUCGUGUUGGACGAUCCGCAUAGACCGCCGUCCGCCGAAGAAGACGUGGCGGUGGUCCUGAAAGCCAAAGAACUGGCCGACGACCGAGGUGCUCAGGAUACGACAACGAGCAUGCGGGUAAAGUCGGAGAUAAGUCGAUUGGAAAGCAUCAAAACAAAGUCAACGGUCAAAUGUCCACAAGACGAAGGCCAGACCAACGGGACCAAUCAUUCCACAAGAGCUAGUGAAGUAUACAAUCGUCUAUUCGACCUUCAAUCAAAUGAAGAUCAUCAUUACGGUCAAGUGCGGACUUCCGAUAAAAUAAUCGAAGCGGCCAAAACAGGGAACUUAAAUAUGCUGAGAAAUCUGUUCGAAAUGGGUUACUCUCUGAUGUCCAUCAACAAGGACGGUCAGACAGCUCUACAUGUGGCCAGCCAGCGCGGCGAUUCCAACCUGGUUAGGUACAUACUGGCCAACGCGCCGUCCAACAUCGUGUCGGUCAAAGACAACCUAGAAGGGCAGACGGCACUGCACGUGGCUGUCCAAAACGGCGAACGAAAGAUCUGUUACCUAUUGGUGUCGGCCGGGGCGCCGCUACUGGCCGUCGAUAAACAAGACCGGACGGCUCAGCAGAUAGCUGAACAGACCAGAGACUACGAUCUCGCCAAAUACUUGGAAUACAGAAGACGAAACGACGAAUUUGCUUAAGGACUAAGGAAAGGCUAAAACCGAUACGGUCUGUAUCUGUCUAAAAAACAAAACAAAAAUAGUUUUUCAUAGUAAAAUCUGCAUAACAAAACAAAUAAUAAUAAUAAUACGAUCCCGGUAUACUUAAGUCCUUCAUCCGUCGUAGUUCACUGCCUGCCCAUUAUACGCUUUUAUAUUUUUAUACGAACAAAGAUAUUAUUAUUAUACCUGAUCGUAAAUCAGCAUGGACAAUAGUAAAUAAUUAAUAUUAUAGAGAAAACGUCGAGUUCAACAUUUUUACAAUACACUUUGGUAACUACUAUACUUAUUAUGAUACCUAGUUGAACUGUUACUGAUGCACGUAAUAUUAGUUUUUUUUUAUGUUCCUGACGUCCUUAGAUACUAGCUAUUAUUAUCCUCGAUGGAUUUGAGGUCCUUAAUGGAGACGUCAUAUUAUUAUAUUUUGCAUAAUUUUACCGUAUCGGUAAAGUAGGGCUACUAUAGCUUCGAUAGUCUAAUAAUAGUAAAACGAUU